GAAAAGAACAAAUCACAGCUUACCGUUGCUAUAUUUUUGCUGGAUUGUUAUCAUAAGAUUCCAAUCAGAAUAGUGUCAGAAUUCCUUUUGGACUCUUGCAAUACAUAUUCUAUUCUACCUCUACGCAAACCAAACUCCAGUAUCACAUAGGCCCUGCUUGUACCCUGGUCUUCUGGAUACAUUACCUAUCAAAAGUUCUAAUACUCACGAGAAUAUAUAGUUUUGAGACUUUGUUACCCAAUCUUUUGUGUCCCGGGUCUACCAUUGGAUCCUAUCACUGAGACAGAAUACUGAGCUGAGACUCUUCAAAACGUCCAUUUCAUACCUCAAAUCCAAUAACUCACCUGACACACCAUUUCACCAUGUCAGCUACCAAACGCACCUCCCCUCCCACAGAAGCAAUGGACACCGAACCAACACCCACCCGAAAAAUCCUCGACGCCAAACUCCCUUCCAGAAAACGUACCACUCUGGGAAAAACAUCCCCAAACACCACCCAAUCAUCCACUUCCACCUCCAAACCAUCAACAAACCCACCUGAAUCCUCAUCUCCCGCAUCUUCCCAGGCCAACACAUCAUCCGAAGCCGAAGCUUCAUCAUCAGAGCCCUCUUCUGAAGACGAGUCCGAGGAUGAGAUCCCCAUGAUCCGUCCCCUAAAUGCUCGUCCCGUCAUGCGUGUAUCCACACUGAACGGAUUUGGCGCUUCAGAGGGCCUCAACAAUCUUCCUGAUUUUCUGAAACAGAUGAAAGAAGCAAACGAAGAACUGAUGAAGAAGAUUGAGAAAGGAGAGGAUAGGAAGUUGGAGGAUGUGAAGGACGGAGAGAGUUAUGUGGAGAUGAACUUGGGGCUGGGAGUUUUGGAAGAAACGAGGGACGGGGAGAGGGGAAGCGAAAGUGAGAGCGAGGUUGAGGAGCAAGAUGCUGAUGGUGAUAGGAAGAUGGAGGAGGGAAAGAAGGCCGGGAUUGAGGAGCUUUGAACUACUAGCAAACCACGUAAUGGUAUGGUGUAAUAAAUAGGAUACAAAAAUAAAAUCAUAAAUGUUCAAGAUUGGA